CGCAGAAACACGGAGCACAGUGAUUGCAAACACGGAAAUAAUGCAGUGCGAUACAUCCGCGUAGUUAUGUUCCAGGUUUAAUUGCAUGCAAUUUAAGCAUCCGUGUUUAAAAGCAGACAUUGCACGUGAAACACAUAACCGACUAGUGUGUUAGACUUUUCUUCUCUUGUUCGAUGGAUUUAUUGCAGCUUCUGUCAUGGGCCUGCAUCGUGUUCACGGUCGGGAUGUUCUCGACUGGACUGACCGACCUGAAGAAGAUGAGAGAAUCAAAAAAUGCUGACAAUAUCCAGUUUCUCCCUUUCCUCACCACAUGUCUUAAUAACCUGGGCUGGUUGUAUUAUGGGAUUCUGAAGAACGAUCAGACCAUUGUCCUGGUCAACAUUAUCGGAGCUCUACUCCAGAUCCUCUACAUCAUCGUAUACCUCCACUACACAAAACAAAAGAGGCUGAUGAUGGUCCAGACUCUAGCGGCAGGGAUGGUGCUGACCUGCGGUUGGUUCUACUUCACCACGUUUCUUCCUGAGGGAGACACUCGGCUUAGCCAGCUGGGCCUCACCUGCAGCGUGUUCACCGUCAGCAUGUACCUGUCCCCACUCACCGACCUGGUAAAGAUAGUGCGAAGUGGUGAUGUGCAGUGCUUGUCCUUCCCUCUGACCGUAGCCACCUUCUUCACUUCCACCUCCUGGGUGCUGUACGGCCUCCAGCUAAACGACUCCUAUAUUGUGGUUCCAAACACGCCUGGGAUCUUCACCAGCCUCAUCAGAUUUUAUCUGUUUUGGAGAUUUGCGGCUGUCAAUCAAAGCUCACCUUCCUUUAAGUCUAUGCAGAUAUGAUGAUGUGAGGGGUGUCAGUUAUGAAAAUGAAAAGAGAUGAAAGAUCUGUUGACUCCAUCGAGGGCUGCUACAGAGAGACAGUGGAGAGAAACAAACUGUCAAUGGGCGACACCACUGCAAGUGGUGAUAAUGUCUUGUGUUUGUUGUCAUUUCAGGGAGGUAUAUCAGUUACUCAAAAAAAUGUCUUUGAAUCAACAGUUUAUUUUUAUGCAGUUAUUUGUUAAACCUGUGUCUCCUCUCCAUGUCCUUCAAGUGCCUUCUGUUAGACCCUGUUUGCCAUUAAAGAUGAAUGGCAUUUACUGAUCUACCAACAUGUCAGGAGACUUGCAAUCUGUUCACAAUCCAGUGAAUUGGAUUUAAUCUUCCUCACCUCAUACUAGCCAAAGAUUUUGUGGAGUUGUAACUUGCUGGUUGCUGGUUUCAUAUAUUUCCCUGAUGUGGCAAUGGUGAUUUCAUAUCCCUUUUAGAGUUGGUACUCAUGCUUCUGUUUCACAGUGCAGACAGAAUAUUGAGUCAUAUGAGUGGCAGUAAGUUAUAUUUGUUCAGAAUUGUUUUCUAUAUAUCUUUUUGAUACAAAGUGUGUAUGUUGGCUUAUGUCCAACAUCAGACAUUGUCUACUUGUAUUGCUAAUGCUUUUUUAUACGCAAUUGUAUAAGAGAUUAAAUAAAAUAAGAAAAUAAAUUAACACCAUAGGGUUUGUUUACAAGAAUGAAUGAUGUUUAUUUUUCUAGUGGCUGGUUGUCAUGGGUAAUAGUCUCGCUUGUCUCAUUAUUAUCUAUAAUAAGGACAUAUGUUAUGCAAAUGAAACCGCUGACUGUCAGUGCUGACUCACUCACUUGUAAAGGAUGUAAGAUCUUUAAAGGUUUCCUGUAAAUACAUUUUUACCAUAACUAUCAA